AGAAGUUGUACAUAAUAGAUCUACAGGCUUAGCAAGGUACAUAAUGAGUAAUUCAACCUAACAAAGUGGGAAAAAGUUGAGGCAUAAUGUUGAGCAAGACCUGUCUUUCCCGUUUUGAUACUAGUCCUGUUAAAAUGGAAUGACCCUGUAGUUAUUUAUGUUUACUCAGGAUAAUCCACUGACCUCGCUUUAAUAAGAAAAUACAACAAAAUAUUUCGUAGAAAAUAAUUCCCAUGGAAUGAAUUUCACAGGUUUAAGCUUAGGAAAGGUAGAACUACAGUAGCCUUUUCAGAAUCCAAUUCCUUUAUGUAUCAAAGACAAAGUAUCACAAUUGUGUUAUUACAUUUUGACAAUGAAUCUUCACAUUUUCCCUUUUUCUAUUCUGUGAUCUGUCUGUGUUCAAUGAUAUUUAAUUGUAUUGUUAUUUAAUAGAAGGAUAACAGCUGUGAAGUGAAGACGUUGGGAUAAUUGAGUAAACAUUUGACCAUUAAUAUGCAUCGUAGCGACUCCAGUCCUACAUAUCGACAUAUUUAAUUAGAAAAUGUUCAUGCUAAAAAUAUUUCAUGAUCUGUAUAUUAUUUUUCUUGUACACAGGGAUUCAUCAACUUUGACACAGAUUGCUUCAAGAAAUAUGGAAAAGUAUGGGGCAUUUUUGAUGGCCGUCAGCCCGUGCUGUGCGUCACAGAUCCUGCUAUGAUAAAAGCUGUGCUGAUAAAGGAGUGUUACUCUCUCUUCACCAACCGCAGAAACUUCCGCCUGAACGGACAACUGUAUGACGCUGUGUCCAUCGCUGAGGAUGACCAGUGGAGGAGGAUCCGCAGCGUCCUCUCGCCCACCUUCACCUCAGGAAGACUGAAGGAGAUGUUUAGCAUAAUGAAGCACCACUCUGCUAACCUGACCAGCAGCAUGAAAAAGAAGGCAGACAAAGAUGAACCCUUAGAGCUGAAAGAGUUCUUUGGACCCUUCAGUAUGGAUGUAGUAGCCAGCACAGCCUUCAGUGUCGACAUAGACUCGCUCAACAACCCCUCGGACCCUUUUGUCACUAACAUCAAGAAGAUGCUGAAGUUUGACCUUUUUAGCCCUCUCUUCAUUAUUGUUGCUGUUUUUCCCUUUAUGGGUCACAUUCUUGAGAAGAUGGAGUUUUCCUUUUUCCCUUCGUCUGUCAUAGACUUCUUUUACGCUGCGCUGAAGAAGAUCAAGUCUAACCGAGAGUACAGCCAGCAAAAGAGUCGAGUGGAUUUCCUUCAGUUGAUGAUUGACUCCCAGAAAAACAAUGACCUCAGCAAUAACGAACCAAAUAAAGGUUUAAGCGAUCAUGAGAUCCUUUCUCAAGCAAUGAUUUUCCUCUUUGCUGGCUACGAAACAAGCAGCACCUCUCUCACCUUCUUGGCCUACAAUCUGGCGACGAACCCUCAUGUCAUGAAACGGCUGCAGGAGGAGGUCGACUCCACCUUCCCGGACAAGGGUCCCGUUGAGUACCAGGCUCUCAUGAAGAUGGAGUAUCUAGACAGCGUCAUCAACGAGUCUCUCCGAUUGUACCCCAUUGCCCCACGUCUGGAGCGUGUGGCCAAGGCGACUGUGGAGAUAAAUGGUCUUGUGAUUCCAAAAGAUAUGGUUGUCAUGGUACCAACAUGGCCGCUGCACCGGGAUGCUAGUCUGUGGCCCGAGCCCGAGGAGUUCAAACCUGAGAGGUUCAGCAAGGAAAACAAGGAGACUAUUGAUCCCUACACGUACAUGCCUUUUGGGGCAGGACCAAGGAACUGCAUCGGGAUGCGAUUUGCUCUGGUGAUGAUGAAACUAGCAAUGGUGGAGAUCCUGCAGAGGUUCAGCUUCUCUGUGUGUAAGGAGACUGAGAUCCCCUUUGAGAUGGACAUCCAGGGCCUGCUGAUGCCAAAACGACCAAUCAAACUUAAGCUGGUGUCACGUUCUGAAUCCUCAAAUUAAAAAGAAUGAACGAGAUAAAGGAUUAUGAACAUUUCUAUUUUUGUAAUGGUAGCCUAAUAGUACAGUUGUGUGUUCAUCUGUAUCAGUUAGUUCUCUUUUUUGUUCCCAUUAAAGCUUGCACCAAUGUUCAUCCUAAACUAAGUGACAAAUGGAUAAUUUGACACGCCUGUGUUAAUAAAGGAUAGUUUGGGUCUUC